UGAAACCGGAAGUGGAGAUGUAAAGUAGCAAAAGAAGGAAACUGAAGUUAUUUAUCAAAUUACUCUUGAAUCAUAGAUGUUUUUCAUCUAUGAUGAGUAAACCUGCAGGCCGAAAACUGCGACAAACCACACUCGAUUUUGUCACAUCUAACAAGAGUGAGUUGAAAAAAAGGAAAAUGGCUACCUGUACGAAAGACAUUGGAGACUUUGAAGAUAUCAGUGCUGGUAAAGAUGAUAGAGCUGAAAAAAGAAUGAAAGCUGGUGCUGCUGCAGACAAGAGACGGGAAACAAAAUCACCAUACUUUACAAAUCCGUCUGCAGUUUGUACCACAACAGGUGAAAAUCAGCUCAAGGUACAUCAGUUGGCUCAAGGUACAUCUGCGGUAAAAGACACAAAGCAAUUAGACAAACCUGACCUUACCAAACGACAGUCGGAUCAAAGUACAAGUGAUGCUGGAAACGACACAAGCACUCAACAAUACAGCAUGACACCAGAUUUUGGUGGCAGUGAUUUUGAAGACAUUUCUUCUGCUGCUGACCAGCCUAGCCCACCUGAAGCUGACACGCACAAUCCUCGUCAUGACGAACAAUCAGAUAGUCGUAUUCCAAAUAAAAAACCAGUCAAAAAAGGCCACUGGAAGGGAGUUGAAAAAUCUGAGUUGGAUACUGUUCCAAAGUGUCAAAGUAAUUUUCAGCCACUCAAGUCUUCUGACAAACACAUUGUAACGUUUGCCCUACCGUACCAGUAUGAUGUCAAUCAUACAACCAAGCCACCGAAACCACACCCACUUAACUACAUAGAUAAGUGGGAUGCUGAUCAUGUUCGAAUGCCGUGUUCCAAUGAAAAUCAGUAUCCAACAGAAACAAAGGGCAAGACACGUCUACAGCCGAGAUGGAACCUGAUCCAAGAAUCUCUUCUUGGAGACCUUUCAGGACCGUUUGAGUUAGAAGAUGCCAUUUUGUCCUAUAAUCAGCGUUACAAAAACAAGUGGUCAUUCAGGUCACUCAGACACUAUUUUAUGAAGCACACUGAAGAUAGUGAAAGAUUUGAAUUCUUCGGAACAACCCUAAAAGCUAUGGUUGAGUUAGCUUUAAAACUACCGUAUCUGUGCACAAAGCCUAUUCCUCUUUUGAAGAGAGGACAAAGCAAGAGCAUAUCAAUGAGUCAGGAGCAAGUCGCGUGUUUGCUGGCCAACGCUUUCUUCUGCACAUUUCCGCGGAGAAACACAAAAAACCGAAAUGCAGAAUAUUCCAGCUAUCCGGACAUUAAUUUUAACAAUUUGUUUCAAGAUGCACCCACUUAUAAAAAGAUGCAGAAGCUCCAGUGCAUUAUACAUUAUUUCAAACGGGUAACUACACAAGUGCCAUUGGGUGUGGUCACAUACACACGCCAAAGUGUUUCCAACUGCCCCGAUUGGAAUGAGCUUACGGUUAACCUACCAAGACUGCAUGUGUCUUCUGAUGGUACAAUAGAGGACGAUGGUAAAGGAAUGUUACAGGUUGAUUUUGCAAACAAAGUCAUCGGUGGAGGAGUGUUGCGCCAUGGCUGCGUGCAGGAGGAGAUUCGAUUUCUAAUCUGUCCAGAGAUGCUACUCACUCUCUUGUUUACAGAGACUCUCGAUAAGAACGAAAGCGUCAUUAUGCUGGGUUGUGAACAAUUUAGCGAGUACAAAGGUUAUGCAGACACAUUCUCUUGGGAUGGAAAUCACUAUGAUAAAACAAGCAGGGAUAUCAAUGGUCACCUGUGUACCGAGGUUGUAGCAAUUGAUGCUCUUGUGAUACAUAAACAUUGUGACCAGUUCCAGCCACACAUGGUGGCCAGAGAACUGAACAAGGCAUACAGUGGUUUUUGCAGCAGAAGUAAUGAGCCAAAACUGCCUGCCGUGUGCACAGGAAACUGGGGAUGUGGGGCUUUCGGAGGAGACAAGAAACUUAAAGCUUUGAUUCAGUUGUUUGCGGCUGCCGCAGCUAGACGAGAUGUCUGCUACUUCACGUUUGAAGAUGAGAAUCUUGUGGAUGAGCUGUAUGAAAUACACAAAUAUCUGACAGAAGAAAAUCCCCUUGAAAUAGGUCAUAUAAUGAAGAUAAUACAUCAGUACUAUUUGAAUGUGUGCAAGAAAACCUUUGGCAAGCCCCAAAUCAACCUAUUUGACUAUAUCAUUGGAACCUUUGAAGGAACUUUGGAGGAUACAGAUGCUGACGAAAGCAGUUCCCACAGUUGUAUGGAAAGUUGUGCGAAAGGAGAACUGAAAUCCAGUGUGGUUACAAACAGUACAAGAUGGCAGUUAGAAUUGCGGGAGUUAAUUGAAUAAAUGUGUGUCUGGUGUACUAUACCAAGGCCUGAGAACAAAUGUUUCAUUCUCGCAUCACUCAUGCAAGUCUCGAAUGUAGGCACGUGUCUUUUCACCAAUCCUAUUCCCAAUACUGGAAAUAAAUAUGUAGACACCUGAUCAAACAAAUAGCCUUACUUGGAAGGGACUGUGUAUGACAAGCUUAUACAAAACUGAUGGCUAUAGCCAGUGAAGUCGGCAUUGCAGAGGAAAUAAUUCCAGUGUGUUGUCCAUGAUGAAGAUUUCACGAAAGGUGUGCUGUUCCAUGAGGACAAUGUACCUGCUCACACAUUGGGUAUCGCCAUGGCUGCAGUGCAUGACUGUAGCUUCCAACUUAUCAUGUGUAACAAUGAACAGAAAUCUUCAAGAUGGUCCACAUUUUAGGCUUGUAUGGUCACUAUUUUGAUGAGUAGUCUGUACAAAUGUAUUUUCGUUAUAAAAAUUGGUAAUGAUCACAAUUUUAUAUUGAUUACUGGUAAGAAACAAAAACAUAUUUUUUUUAUUACCCUUCUAAUAAUUGGAAUGUUGAAUAUGAUGAGUAACCAUUGUGGAGAGUCAAUAUUUAAUUAUUGCCAGUUAUUCUUAAAGGGACAUUCCUGAGUUUGCUGCAAUUUUUAAGAUGUUAUCGACUAACACUUUUUUUAAUGAUUGUAAUUACAUAUCAAAUAUAUUUUUCUGCAUAAAAUAUUAGUGAC